AUGAAGGCCCAGCCUUCUUCUUCUUCAGUGUUUAUCAGGGGAAUUCAGACAGUGGCCGCUGGGCGAGUUGAAGUGGGCGUGAUCAUUAUGCCGCCUGGGUGGAAUCCACCAACCUUAGCGUUAGCGGUCAUCGUCUUGGCAUUCACCGCUGUGUCUGCCAGGGUCUGUGUUCUCGUCACGGAACCAGACCCAGCCGAUGGCGGCAGAAUCAAGCUCGUCCUGCCGGCUAUAGAUCCCUGUACGUGCACGGACGUCAGACUGGGCGGUCACAACGCCUAUGCGCCGCCGAGGCCAGACGGCACGCUGUACAUCGACGGCCCGCUGUACAUCGACAUCUGUCACCUGAAGGACAUCCUCGCGGACGGACUUGCCAAGUUCUACCAUUGCGUGGCAACGAAGAAAGACGGAGUCUCUACUGAAACUCCGAGGGUCACCACGGAUGCCCAAGGGGCGACCCAAAAAGCAGUUGUCAGCAUCACCCCAGAGCUGACGGAGCCUCGAGCAGAUUGUCAAGAGAUCUUGGAUGCUGGUCAAACAACGAGCGGUGUGUAUACUAUACAGCAUGCAGGCCAAAAAAUGCAGGUCUACUGCCGCAUGCAGCCGGAGUCGGGGAAAGGAUACAUAGUGUUUCAGAGACGCCUGGACGGCUCGGUGAGCUUCAACCGAACCUGGCAGGAAUACGCCGAGGGAUUCGGGAAUCUGACCGGAGAGUUUUGGCUCGGCAACCAGAAGCUGCAUAGUCUGACUGGUAACGGGGGUUGGGAGCUGGUCAUCACUCUGAGGGCGUUCGAUGGGGACGAGGCCCGUGUUCGUUAUCAGAAUUUCGAAAUACACUCGCACAAUUACUGGCUUGACGUCAAUGGCUUCAAUGAUGAGAGUGGAGAUGCAGAAUGCGGUAUAAGUCUCGGGAUGGAAGACGGAAGCAUCCACGAUUCCGCUAUCUCGGCAUCAAGCAGGUACACGGACGAGGACUCCUCUCGCAGCACAGAUAACUGCCAAGCGAGUCACGGUCGGCUGAACUACCUGGGCACCAGCGGUGGAAUCAUUGGGGGCUGGUGCCCAAGUUCGGAACCCGACUCGUGGUUGCAGGUGGAUUUGGGAUGGCGGCUGCAGGUGGAAGGAGUCAUCAUCCAAGGCAGCUUUGACCCCCUGGAGACCUGGUCUGAGUGGGUAACAGAGUACCAGGUUCAGUACAGUGAUGACCAAUCCAAUUGGCAGUAUGUGAUGCAGUCAACAGGGACUAGUCCACAGUUGCAGUUCUGGUAG